AUGGACCUCACUUCCUCAAUCUGGGGCUUUGUACAAGCCCCCAUAAUCCAUAUCCUCCGGGAAAGAAUGAAGAACCGCGACUCGAUCAAGAAGCUUCUUCAGAAUAAGGACGCGAUGGAGGAUGUAAUCCGUGGUUUGACUGAAAUGCUGGAUCAACUCGAAAGGAGAGUUAGCUCUCCCGGCAUCGAAAAUAGUACAAAGACGGAGCUGUUCAACAAAUUGGAGAAGAGCGUUCGGGAGUUACAUGCCAGUAUGCAAGAGAUCAAGGAAGCCUACCGUAAUAGUCAAACUGGAGUGCGGUUUUUCCUGAAGUCAAUGAAGGGCUAUUGCCGUGAUCGGGUACACAGAAAGUUGCGGGAUCAGUUUGAGGAUGUUGUGGAAGCCAUCGAUCAUAUGGAAUCUUGUGAGAGGCUUAUAAUGAGUCAGGCUGGCGGCAGCAGCAGCAGCGGCAUGCAUGUGCAUACGCCGAUGGAUGUGGAUACCAACUCUACUACUGCUGAUACCCCGACGGUGAGGGGUCACGGACGGCAGCUCCGAUCUCUUUCUUCCUCCGAGAUCAACAGCCAAGGAAGAGAUCAGAGAUUUAGCAGGGCGUAUAAGACACAGAAGCCGCCGGCUAUUACCCCCCCUCCUAGUAGGAGGGAUCUCUCCAAGACUCGCAGAGACAUGAACAAAGCUAUCGCUCGCCGGCAGAGGCAAGGCAAGUGUCGUAACUGUGGGUGGUAUAGCCAUUGGGAGUAUCAAUGUGAAGAGCGCUGUGGUAAAUGCAAUCGUACAGGUCAUAAAAUCUCCAAAUGUCCGAGAGACGUUGUCUGCUAUUCUUGUGGAGAAGUGGGCCAUAUGCAAGGUGACUGUGAAUUGAACUAA